GCAUAGAGGGAGUGACCGCCGUGUCGCAGUUUACUCGCCUUCAAAAUUCAAGCGCAACCAGCGUAAACAUACGGAAGAAACAUAACGCCAGUGCAAGUUCCGUCUACAAAGCGCGGGAGAGUACUGCUAGCACAACAAGGGUCAUUUACCUGUUCUCUUCCUUCGGGAGGCGAAAGGUUUGGACAGCAUGGCAACAAUAUCUUUACAGAUCCGAGGACUUCCGACAGAAAACGAGAGUGAAUGCGGAAUCCUGAAAGUGAAAGUUAUUGCUGGGAUCAAGCUGGCUAAAAAGGAUAUACUAGGAGCAAGUGAUCCGUAUACAAAACUGUCCCUGUAUGAUCCUCGAAGUGGAGCUAUAGCAAGUGUCCAGACUAAAACCGUUAAAAAGUCUUUGGAUCCAAAAUGGAAUGAAGAAUUCUAUUUUAGAGUGCAUCCCACAAAGCACCGCCUCCUGCUGGAAGUGUUUGAUGAGAACCGCCUGACACGUGAUGACUUUCUGGGACAGGUGGAUGUUCCCCUCAAUCAGAUACCAACAGAAAAUCCUAAUGCACAAAGGCCAUACUCAUUCAAGGAUUUUCUGCUUCACCCCAGAAGCCACAAGUCCAGAGUUAGGGGCCAUCUGCGACUCAAAAUGACCUAUAUGCCAAAAAGCCCAGGUUCCAAUGAGGAAACAACAGAUCCAAUUGAUGAUACGGAUCCUGAAUGGGAAUUGUUGGAACCUCAGGACAUGUCAGGUCCCAUGCACUGCCACCCAGCGCCUGCUCUGCCACCAGGCUGGGAGGAACGUCAGGACAACUUGGGAAGAACCUACUAUGUCCACCAUGAGAGCAGAACCACACAGUGGCGACGACCAACAUUACAGGAUAGUAGCACGGACACUCUAAGGCGACAAAACACUACAAGGCAGAGGGAGCAGAAUUAUCUUACACGCAGACAAAUCUCAGACCCUGACGAGGCCACUGCACAAAAUGUGAACUCUGAGGUUUUUCAAAAUGAUGCCGUCAAUAUACAAGAGGACAACCAGCCCACAUCACCACCACCACACCAGCUGUCCCAGGAGUUGCUGGACUUUGAGGAAGACCUAACAAACAUGCAUAUUACAGGGGCGACAGCCUUAGAACCCCGCGUCUCUCAGAUAGAUCAUGCUUGUAAUCCGAUCCAUUCCAUUCAAAGGCAUAGUUUUCACACGACGAGAGGAAUGGCGGUUCCUGUUGAUACCGCGCUGCUUGCAGCCUCUCUGAAGCUGCCUCUAGGAUGGGAGGAGAAGAGGGACGGUAAAGGAAGACGCUACUAUGUAAACCACAAUACUCGAACAACCUCUUGGAUACGACCCACUAUGCAGAAAUUGGUUGCAACACCGCCCUCACAGAGUAGUGUUAGAAUGCCAUCCUUACCGCCUCCGUUCCUUGAGAUGUCUCCCCAGCCCACCCUGCGCCCUGAGGCCACACCUGAUUCUGGCUCCAUGCCAGUUGGUUGGGAGGUUCGCAGCGCUCCCAAUGGAAGACCUUUUUUCAUUAACCAUGCUACAAAGACCACUACCUGGCAAGAUCCAAGGCUAAGAAUUCCUGUUCAAAUGAGGAGGAGACCCUCACUGGACCCAUCUGAUCUCGGCCCAUUGCCACCUGGUUGGGAGGAGAGGGUCCACUCGGAUGGGAGGAUAUUCUACAUAGAUCACAAGACCAAGAUCACACAAUGGGAUGAUCCAAGAUUACAGAAAUCAGAAAUAACUGGACCAGCAGUGCCUUAUUCCAGAGAUUAUAAACAGAAGUAUGACUACUUCCGCAAGAAACUAAAGAAACCGGACAACAUCCCAAAUCGCUUCGAGCUGAAGGUGAGGAGAAACGCGGUGCUGGAAGACUCGUAUCGUCAAAUCCUCCUCGUGAAGCGGCCAGAGUUGCUGAAGGCCAAACUGUGGGUGGAGUUUGAGGGAGAACAAGGUUUGGACUAUGGAGGCUUGGCCCGAGAGUGGUUCUUCCUCAUGUCCAAGGAGAUGUUCAACCCCUACUAUGGACUCUUUGAAUAUUCUGCCACGGACAACUAUACGCUGCAGAUAAACCCCAACUCAGGUUUAUGUAAUGAGGACCACCUGACCUACUUUAAGUGCAUUGGCCGUGUGGCAGGCAUGGCUGUGUUUCAUGGUAAACUGCUUGAUGCUUUCUUCAUCCGACCUUUCUACAAGAUGAUGCUGCAGAAACCCAUCACCCUCCAGGACAUGGAAUCUGUCGAUAGUGAAUAUUGUAAUUCACUGAAGUGGAUUUUGGAGAAUGAUCCGACUGACCUGGAUAUGAUGUUCACCAUUGAUGAGGAGCUCUUUGGACAGACUCACCAGCAUGAGCUGAAGCCCAACGGUGAAGAGAUUGUGGUCACUAAUGAAAACAAGGAUGAAUAUAUCGAUCUGGUGAUACAGUGGCGCUUUGUAAACCGGAUACAGAAGCAGAUGACUGCCUUUAAGGAUGGUUUCUUUGAGUUGAUCCCUCCAGAUGUAAUCAAGAUCUUUGACGAGAAUGAGCUUGAGUUGCUGAUGUGUGGUCUGGGAGAUGUGGACGUGAACGACUGGAAAGCAAACACAAAAUACAAGAGUGGCUACAACGCCAACCACGUCGUAAUCCAAUGGUUUUGGAGAGCAGUACUGCUGAUGGAUGCUGAAAAACGAAUUAGGCUCUUGCAGUUUGUGACUGGAACCUCCAGAGUCCCAAUGAACGGCUUUGCGGAACUCUACGGAUCUAAUGGGCCACAGCUGUUCACCAUUGAAUUGUGGGGAACGUGUGACAAACUGCCCCGAGCCCACACAUGCUUUAAUCGCCUGGACCUUCCACCUUACAAAUCCUUUGAGGAAUUGAAGGAGAAACUUCACAUUGCCAUUGAGAACGCACAAGGCUUUGACGGUGUGGAUUAGUGAAUAAACGGAUGGUAUUACGUCACCCCAGUGCAGCAAAGCAGUGAUGAAGUUGUAAAGUGAAAAGAAAUCGCAGCCCUGGGUCCUAAUCCUGCCAGCUGUGACACACAUGAAGGACGGACACAUAUAGUACAGAAGCCCCCACUUUGGUGGUGUCUUUGUGCACUUGUGAAGAGGGGACAACAGCAUCUGGAGACGUUUCAUCUACGCUGGUGUUCUGAAGUUUACAUGCUAUUUUGAUUCUUUAAUGAAAGUCAUCUCAUGUCAAAUGGCCAAGUGGCAAACAUCAAUCGUGAGAUCAGUGUUGUAUUAAUUAGGAUCUGUGAACAAAACUGACCUAACCACUAAAUUUGGGCUUACCAUUAUCUGUCCAAUCAGGUUCUAUUUUAAACAGAGAAUACUUGGGGAUGUUCCGAUCAGGGUUAAAUGCUACCCAUUCCAAUACUGAUUAUUCAUGAGUAAGCUCGGCCGAUGCCGAUCACAUAGCUCUCCAAGUUCCACCAUAAUGACCAAAAUUAAAAUACAGUAACGCAGUAGGUCUAAGUAUUCAUUAAAACAAGGCAGCACUUUUAUUUAAUAUUUUUGGCCACUGUAAUAUUACGCACAGAUUGAACAGUAACACUGUGUUUGAAUAUAUGAAAAUAAAGCACUGUACUUUAAUCAAGCAAUUAUUUGGUCUACCACUAGAUGGAGCCAGCAUACCACUAGUGGUACACCUACCACAGUUUGAGAAUCCCUGCUCUAUUACAUAUAAUUGUUUAUUCAAAACUAAGCCGAGAGUACACAAUAACUAAAUACAAGCAAAAACUACUAUCUCCUAUUUUAGAUAGUUUUUUUUUAUACUGAUAUUACCUUUGGUGUCGACACCCCCAAUUUAUGGAUUUAUCCGCCCUUACGUGUUGUUCCCCUCUGGCUGUGACAAUGAUGACACAUCAACAGUUGUUAUAUUAUACUCUCUCUAGACUGUUAUUAACCUACCUAUUUAAUUAUAUGUUAUUAGCUGCUUACUUUAAAUAACGCACUUCCAUCUAGACCAACUUUAAUAAGCACUUAUCUCUUGGUAUUGUUUUAAGCUAGCUUGGCGGUUAGCUUAGCUAUUAGCAUGUUUAGCCUCGUCCUCCAGUUAUAAUAGUACUCAAGAUAACAAGAAAUGCAGUUUAUUUGCCGUAAUGUAGGUGACUCCUAUUAUCUUAGCGACGCGGCUCCACACUGCCAGUCAGGGGGGAUCAAAAGGCAUUAAUCCGCAACGGUAUACAUAAAAAUCUUCUGAUACUGUUCGGUGGCCAAUCGAUCGGCACAUCCCUAGAAAGUACAUUUAAAUCAUUUUGUUUGGUUUAAAUAUGUUGGCGCAAUCAGCAGGCGCCCAUUCAAUAACAUAAACAAAUGAUUUUGAUUCAGCUGGUUGUUUUUUUUAGAAGUUUUGUCCUUUUAAUUCACUUUUAGAGGUAAUCGUAGACGACCACGAUAAAUAGCCAAAAUAACUUGGGUCCAGGUGACUUAAUCACCGCCCACUUGCCUGUAGUGGUAAGCCAUUCAAUUAACAGACAUUUAUAACAUUAGUGCCAUGUUAUUUAAUUCAAAUGUAAUCCAAUAUGGAGCAGUUUUCUACAAAAAAAUGGAUAACUUAACAGGAAACAUGAACUUGUGAGUCAAGUGAUUUCUAUUAAGUUUUAUGUAUGCUUUUUACGUGAUUCAUUCCAGUACAGUAUAGCCUCAAUUUACGAGCUUAAUUGGUUAUGUUCAUCUCUAGAUAUAACAGGGGUGUCAAACGUACGGCCACAGGUUUUAUCCGGCCCGCGGGAUGAGUUUGCUAAGUACAAAAAUGAGCCGAAAUCUUUGAAUGAAAGAAACUGCUGUUCUACAUGUGUCCACUAGAUGUCGCAAUAGCAAUUAUUUGUAUCUGUCGAUUAUGCUACAUAUGUUAAAAAAAAAAAAAAAAAAACACAUGUUAGUGCACCAACCGAGGAAAAUGAGCAAACUACAUAAAUAACAUCCUGUAAUUUGAUUUUAUUAUUUUUUAAUCUUGAUAGAUUGAAAAUUAACACCAAUGAGUUGACUGAUGAACAUUAUCACAUCAUUUAUUCAGAAAGUGUAAAUAAAGACAAAUAAAGGUAGAAUACUAUUAACCGCAACGUGUAAGUGUAAAAAAAACACAUUAUGAUUUAUACAUUUUCAGAAUGUGCUUGUUCUAUUUUUAAUCAAAGAAAACUAUCUGAAUGUGUCAUUAUUUCUAAGUUAUCAUGCCGUGAUUUUACCAGUUCGGCCCACUUGGGAGUAAAUUUUUCUCCAUGUGGACCCCGAUCUAAUAUUAGUUUGACACCCCUGAGAUAUAAGCUACAGCUAGCGAGUAAGAUCGGAUUGUUGUGUAGAUCUUACAAGGUUCACUGUGACAUUUGCUACACCAAUUAAUGGCGGGAUGAUUUUUUUCUAGCAACUUAAAGCAUAAUCGUCGAGAGACCGCUCUUAUCUCAAAACACUCUUAAGUUGAAGUACCACUGUAUUCUGUAUUAGACAGUUAUUUGGAGAAUAUGUGUGCCUUAAAACAGACAAUGCUCGUAUUGUGUGCAAGUAAAGCCAAGUAUGGAUUUGAGAAAUGUACCAAUGCCAGGACCAGUUCAAGGCUCAACUAAUAUGUUUUGUGUGCAGGUGCAAAGAGGUGACUAUGUGGAGCUUUUGAUGGUGUUACAAUACUAUGCAUCAUUUUAUACAUGUCUAUGGUAUUAUUACAUACACGCAAUUAAACUGAUGAAACUUUUAUGAUGGCUAUACAUGUCAUGCAAAGAUACAAAUACUUUUUUGCAUUUAAUAUUGUACAGAUAAUACUUUUAUUUGCUUACACAAGCAUUUCCGACAGCCUGACUGACCAUUCUAUUCAUCAAGGUUAAAUAGUUUUGGUGUACUGGUACAUAUUGUGUAUUCAGACUGGCUCAUCAUAUCUCGGUAAAAGCAUCUUAUUUAACAACAUUUUCUUCUUUUCUGAAUUGUGUUUACACCGCCUCCCAUGUUUACUAAAGACUGUUGACAAUGGAGGCUGUUCUAAACGUAUGCUUUUUACAAAGCCAAGCACUUUUUUCACAUCACUAAGUCUUAUCUGAACUGUCUUUGCCAAUCUGUCACCUGCACACUUCUUAAAAUGCUCCUUUAAGAAAACAUUUGUAUGCUCCAAGUGCACCUGUUGAAAAGUUUACAUGUGAACAUUGCUGAAAGUAAGCACAUGCUCUCCCUUCAUUUUCUACUUUGAUGUACUAUUGAUAUUCACUGUGUUUAAUAAUGAAUAGAUCCAGCAUUCAUAUCUGAGUAAUAACUUGUUACUUUGACAUGGAAUUAUGACACCUGCAUAAUAUCAAACAUCCAUGCUACAUCAUGCGUAUUACAAAAGUUUAAAGAGUGGGGUGGCAUGUUGUUCAGUAUCUGCAUUUUGCUGAUUGCACAGCAAACUAAUAGAAAUAUAUUUGACAAAUAAAGGCACGUGGAAACAA